GGGGCCACAGAGGAGGUGGCUUGUAGGGUUGGCGGGCGGAGUCUGCGCCAUUUCAGCUCUGAGCUGGGGCUGGCACGGUCGCAUCUCGAUCGCUCUCUUGCUCCCUCGCUGCCUGGGCGCCGCCUCCUCUUCCUUCUCCUCCUUCUCCACCACUCUCUCUCCUCCUCCUUUCCGUUUUUCCCCGCUGCUGCCCGGCCGCUGCCGUCGAGUCUCCCGGACCGCCAUGGCGAACCUCAGCCCCAGCAUCGUGAUUGAUGAUGAUGAACCAGGCUAUGACCUGGACUUAUUUUGCAUCCCUAAGCACUACGCUCAAGAUUUGGAGAAAGUAUUCAUUCCUCAUGGACUUAUCAUGGACAGGACUGAACGUUUGGCCCGAGAUGUGAUGAAGGAGAUGGGAGGCCACCAUAUCGUUGCCCUCUGUGUCCUCAAGGGUGGCUAUAAAUUCUUUGCUGAUUUACUGGAUUAUAUCAAAGCACUGAACAGGAAUAGUGAUAAAUCAAUUCCUAUGACAGUAGAUUUUAUCAGAUUGAAGAGCUACUGUAAUCCCACGGAAGACAGAGCCCAGCAGCUCCCUGUUGCGCACCCAUCCCCGAUUGCCCGCUGUCUUUCGUACAACUGCCCCACCCAGAACACGGAUAUGGAUGUGAACCACAUCCGGGCACAGAGCUUCCUCUUCGGGUGUGAGCUCAAGGCAGAUAAAGAUUUCCACUUCAAGGUGAUAAACGAGCAGAUCGAGCACCAGCUUUCACUGAGAACAGUGAGCUUGGGAGCCAGUGCCAAGGAUGAAUUGCAUGUUGUUGAAGCGGAAGCCCUGAAUUUCGAAGGCAGCCCGACUACGGUCACCCUGGCAUCGCUGAAAUUGUCUGUGCAGCCCACAGUUUCGCUUGGUGGCUUUGAGAUUACUCCACCAGUAGUUCUGCGUCUGAAAUGUGGUUCCGGGCCUGUGUACAUUAGUGGCCAGCACCUAGUCGCGCUAGAGGAAGAUGUAGAAGAAAAUAACGUGAAAGCUGUCAAUCUGCCUGCCAAGCGAGCUGCUUCUGAAAUUGAUAACAAGAUUCCCCAAAAAAAGGUAAAGCUAUCUGAGGAAGAGGAGGAAGAGGAAGAGGAAGAAGAGGACGAGGAAGAAGAGGAAGAAGAUGAUGAUGAGGCAGAGGAUGAGGAGGAGAUUGAAGAGGUGGAUGAAGAGGAGGAGGAGGUAGAGGUGGAAGAAGAGGAAGAGGAGGAGGUAGAGGAGAUAGAGGAAGAGGAGGAGGAAGAAGAGGAAGAAGGAGAAGAAGAAGAGGAGGAGGAAGAAGGAGAAGAAGAAGAGGAGGAGGGGGAGGAGGAAGAAGAAGAGGAGGAGGAGGGGGAGGAGGAAGAAGAAGAGGAGGAAAUUGAAAAUAACGAUCCCAUAGAGAUCAAGUCUGAUCCUGAUAGUCCAGCACAGAAUGGGCAAACACCCAACAUGGAGGAGGAAACAGAUUCAGAACCAGUUACACCCAAAUCAAAAAGCCAGGAGUCCUUCGAAACUGAGGAAAAGAUUACCCCAAGUCCCCAAGAAUCUAGCUCUCCUGAGGAUAUUAAAGAAAACAUUCAGAAUGACCAGUCAACAGGAGACAUCAAAGUGAUUGGUGGAGAUGAUCUCUCAACUUUAACUGGAAAGAAUGUCCUGAUUGUUGAAGAUAUAAUUGACACGGGGAAAACGAUGCAGACAUUGCUUUCCCUGGUCAAGCAGUAUAAUCCAAAGAUGGUGAAAGUAGCCAGCUUGCUGGUGAAGAGGACCCCUCGCAGCGUAGGAUACAGACCUGACUUUGUUGGAUUCGAAAUUCCAGACAAAUUUGUCGUUGGAUAUGCCCUUGACUACAACGAAUACUUCAGGGACUUAAACCAUGUCUGUGUCAUUAGCGAGACUGGCAAAGACAAGUACAAAGCAUGAGAUGCAACUUGGUGUGCAGAGAAGCUUUGAAACACUGUGGGGAAACCCAUCAACUUCACCUCUGGACCACCAGCUAAAUUGUCCAAUGUUUCAGCCCUGUGACCAUCUGCUUAUUAGAGCUUUUGCAUGUACUGUAUCUUGUCUGUUUUAUAUUUUAGGAAUGUCAGACAGUUGCUGCAGUUCUGAUUGCUGUUUCAUUUGCACUACAAAACUGAAAGAGACUAUCACUACCCCCUGGGUGGGUUGUUUUGCUUGAAUUGCUGUUUGACUUAUGAAUGGGAAAUUACUUAAACCACACCGACACUGAAUUGAAAUAGCUAAAGUAUUGUGAAUGUAAGAGAUGUUUAAAGAGGAUAUAUUGAUUUUUUAAAUUGGUAAUUUAAUUUUAUAUGUUAACGAAAAUGCAGAGAAGUGAUUGAAUAUUGUUAGUUAACACCUUUUUGGUGUCAAAGAGGGAGCAGUCAAUUUCAAUAUCUGUUCCAGUUCUGUUACAGAAUCCAAGAGGUUUGAUUAUUUUAUGAUAACCCUAUCUUAUCUCCUCCUGGAAUUACAUUAUUAUUUCAAGAAUUUUGGUUGUUGCUAAGAAUUAAAAUGAAAGCAAAUAGUUAAUUUUAUGGAGAUGGGCAAUAGAAAGAAAAGCAAAAAAAAAAAAGUUCAUUGAGCUGUCUGUCCCACUCUUACAGAUCAUUUCCUUUCUGUGCUCGCCAGUCAAAAGUAGUUUUCUUUUAAAAUAAAUUGACAUUCUGGACAUUUUACUUUUGAAAUCUAUAAUGCAAAAUGCUUAAAAUAAAGGCUGUCUCUUUAAAAAGAAAAAAGAA